GAUUUCGUCUCAUUUUGCGAACGAUUUGCAUCUUUCUUUUUGCUAUUUGAUAAUAAGUGUACAAAAAUUAUAUUAAUAAUUAUUUAAAUAUCCCGAUGUCUUACGGUAAAAAAAUAUCGAUGAAAUAUUAGUGUGUCGUAUGUUCCAAUUGUUUUUGUUGUCCUUUGUUGACUUUUAAAAUCAAGUGAGAUCUAAAAGGAUUUUGUGAAAUGACGUGAAUAUUUUUAUUUAUUUAGUAAAAAUAAAAUGUGUCAUUUAUAAGUGUAUGUGAUUAAUUGCAAGAAUGAUGCAGCCAACAUCUGAGGGCUGUAUGAAUAUUGCGGAGUUAGCGAAUCAGCUACGUAGGGAGAAAAUUUUCAUCAAUUCCGAGCGACAGCUGCUUCAAAAUCUUAAUGAGGAAGUGGAGAAAACUGUGCAGGAAUUGCUACAGGCUGCAUGGAUAUGUUCUAUGCAACGACAGAACUUAACGAACCUUAUUUCAUCUCGAUGUGAAGCUGAAUCCAUAGCAGCCUGCCAGAGAGCAAGCUUACUAGAGAGCACAGCUUUUAUAGAUGCUUACAAGGUCUUGAGAUAUAAGGAAGCAACUGCCUUGGGCGAGCUUCUAGGAUGGCUUCGAGACACACCCCAUCUAGUUGCGUUGAGCUUGAUACUCGGAGAAGAUCACAUGCCACAGUCCCUGCCAUCAUUCCUGAUAGCAGGCCUGUAUGGCAGCUGCCGUUCUACUACGGACAGAACACGUUUGCUCGCCGUCAUACGUUCCUUGAUCAAACACCAAAUGGCAACUUCAAGCGAUCCAAGGAAGUUGUUCCGCACGAGCAAAUGUGCGCUGGCGUCGUUGUGCUCCACGUUCCGCGACGGGCACGCGCCGGCGCGCCGCUUCCUCGCGGCCGCACUGCACGCACCCGUCAUGGCUGUGCUGCACGAGGACGAGUUCUUCCUCGACAUAGACCCGGACAAGGCCAUGGAGAGAUUCUCAGCAUCGGAUCGUCUCAAGAAGUUUGGUCAAACAAAUAGCAAUGAGUACCCAGCGAAGGUGGCCCGGUACCGCAAGUGGACGGUGCAGUCUCUGUACAACUUGACCAGCAAGUUUAUCGCCUCGCUGAAGGAGCACUGGCCCAACUUCCCUGCAGCCAUCGCAUGGAUUGUGCAGCAGAUUGUACAUCUAUUGAAGCAACAUUCCAGGACAAGCGAGCGUGAGUUGCACGCGAUCUGUACAGACUUGGUGUUGAGUCAACUGAUCUGCCCCGCUGUGGUGAGCCCCGAGGCAUACGGUGUGGUCGACGUGCCUGUCUCCUACGUGGCGCGAUUCAAUCUCAUGCAGGUCGCACAGAUCCUGCAGGUGCUCUGCCUCAACUGUUACCAGGAGGUGGAUCCAAAAGUCCGUGACCUGUAUUCAAAGUUUGAUCGGAGCUGCGUGUCGUCGCUGAUAGAGAGUGUGAUGUCGGAUGCGUGCGCGCCCGCACCCGCACCCUCGCAGGCGGACGCGCUGCGCACUGACGUACCACCACGCACCACUAUAGCGCUCUUCACGCCCCACGAUGCACACUUAUUGAUAACAUUUCUGAAACGAAUCUCAUCCAAGUUAAACAAUAACACUCCGAGUAUUAACACAUCUGAAGAAUCUAACAGCUCUGGUCCGGUUGCAGAGGCAGCUGGAUUUAGUAGUGAGGGCAGUGAGAGCGAGAGUGCGGAGGGAGCGGCGCGGCUCGCAGCGCUGAUGCAGACCAUGGAACCCAACUACCGCGCCCGGCUGCACGACCUGUUGCGCAAAGUGCCCGACCUGCACGCCCUACUCGCCUGCAAAUCAUCGUCGUCAGAGCCAAAAGACACGGUGUCAGAGAACGGUCACAGCAGCAAGCGUGGUAUCCUGGCCAAGGUGUCCAAGCCGCGGCUACCUCGCAGCGCCAGCUCCAGCUCCUCGCUGGAAGACAAGGCAGUCAACGGUGAUAAAGAGGAUAUGGAGGUGCCUGAAGUGCUGGUCAUAAAGCUGGCCAACACCGAAGAGAGUGAUUAUGUUGGUAUGAUGCCGGAAUCGAAAGUACUGGAGUGCUACUACGUGGGGCCGGAGGCGGGCGAGGAGGACGGAGCCUCCGCGCUCGUCGCGCCCGGACAGACGCCCGUACAGAAGCGCACCAGGUUCUCAGUGUCGCACGACGAGGUGUCUCUGGGUAACACAUCGGACAACCUGGAGGCGGUGUCGGAGGCUGCCUCCAACCACAGCGUCACCUCCAGCCUCGAACUCGAGACCGAGGACCAGAACGACAACCUAUCUGAUAUGGUGUCUGCCAAUGUGAGCGGUCGCGGCAGCCCCAACAUCUCUGGUCGCGAGACGCCCUCCUCCCAAGUCACCGACGGAGACGCCGCAGGAGACGCGCCCCCUAGACGGAUAUCCGCAAACGCUCCAGUGAGCGCGCAGGCUGCCAGCAACCAGGCCAAGCUGCUCAAGCAGACGCGCAAUGAUAUCGAGGAUAAAUUCUGCAAAUUUGAGAUCAAGAAAAUGCUGGAAGGUGAUGAAACAAUCAGCAUAAUGUCUGACACUUGGAGUACGGACGUGCUGGCCUCCGACUCCGAGACAAUCGGAGAUUCCUGCGAGCACACCCAGGUUGCAGCCAACCAAGGUGGCGGCACGAGCAGCACGAACGCGCCCGACGUGUCAGAGACUGCGAGCGAGUCCGCCUGGAGCAUGGACGUGCUCGCCUCAGACAGUGACCGCAACACAGAGGUGGAUACAGACGACUGCGUAUCUGUCGCGGCGCGCUCCGACACGUCGUGGCCGCGUCGCCCCUCGCACCAGGAGGAGGCGCUGCGACAACCAUUGUCCCAGAACGGGACCAAAAGACCAGACACCGGCAGUCCGAGGCAUACGUCACGAUAUCUUCCUAAUAAUCGGUACCUGAGUGCGACGGCAGCGCUGUCUCGCGGCGGAGAGCUGGACCUGGCGCCGCUCGCGCACGCCAACACGCACGCAGCCAAUGCGCAAGCGCACGCCGCCUUCGUUGAGAACAGGAAGAGCAUACUCGUUAACGGAUAUCCUGUGAUGACGUGUUACGCAACGUCAGCGCCCGAGAGCCCCAGCACCUCGGCGCCCGCACAGCUGCCCAGCGACGUGUUUGACUUUCCUCAGAAUAGCAACAACGCACAAACUGAGUCGACGCUCGACGACGCGACAGUCCAAUCGGACGCGACUAGCCAAUGGGUGGACGAUAGCUUCCCGCAGCCGAGCUCCUCCCGCCCAUUCCCCGCCAAGUACGACCUCCCCUCCACCUCCAAGCCCUACGACCACCCUUCCACUUCCAAACCGUUCGACGACAACGAUCUCAUGGAUAGAUCUCUCAACUCGAGCGAAAGUUCCUUCAACGCACUCUCAGUAUCGCAGUACGAUCGCCGAUUCGAUUCCGGUAUCGAUACCGAACGUCCCGAAUCGGAAUCGAGAUCGACGAUAACCGAUUUAAUGACUCGAAUGAGUUCCGCCACUAUAUCGACUUCCGCGAACUUGGUUAACAACUUGACGAAUAGGAUCGUCAAGUCUGAGAUACGGACGAGUAUUGUGAACAUAAGUUCGUCUCGUAUCGAGAGGAAGCGCGAUACGAGCAACAUGUCGCUGAGCACGCUGUCGGUGAACAGCGCGGAGACCUCGGUGUCCGACCGCAGCUCCAGCCAGGACGUCAACUCUGACAACGUGACGGAACGCCGCGUCAGCCCUCCGCCACUCAAGAACGUCUCCACCGGCGCUAUACCCAAGAGCAUCAGCUUCGAUGCCACCGCUGAAAAGUCACAGAGGCGUCGUGCGAGUGGCGAGGACGGCCUGGCGGGGAAUCUGGACGAGCUGAAGAACAACGUGAAGCGCUCCGGCGGCAAUCUGCUGCACAAGAUCAAAUUCUUCCGACCCAAGGGACGCUCCCAUCAUCACCAUAGCAACGAUAUAAAACUGGCAGAAGAGGAGUGUCGCAGUGAUGAUGGUCGCGCGGAGCUGGAGGCAGGCGGAGACAGCUCGGAGGACAUCCUGGCCAAGUACCGGCGCAAGGGCUCGGACGGCCGUACGCGCCGCCCCACGCGCCGCAUGUCUGACCUGCCCGAUCCAGAUCUGGAUAGAUGCGAAGGCGUGGUGGACCUCAACGACCCUGAAGUUUUCAACAGCAUGAAGCGUCGGCUGCGCGCCGUGCUCUCCAACACUGACAUGCACUGCGUUGAAUAUGUACCUAAUCGUUGCACAGCAACAUCGCUGGUGGACUUUGUGCGUGCGGGGGGCUGCGCGGAGAGCGCGGCGGUGGGGCGCGCGCUGUCGGGCGGUGCGGGGGGUGCGGGCGCGCGCGCAGCUCGGCUCGCGGCGGCGCUGCGGGCAGAUCUAGCUGCACGUCGUCCCUACGCCGCCUACCUCGCCUCCUGCCGCGCUGCGCUUGCGCAUGCGCAACAUGACCUGCGAGCUCAGAUAAAGUUGGUGCGCGAGGAGUGCUUGGCGUGCGCACGUGCAGCGGCGGCGGCGCGCGUGCUGGAGCAGCUGGAGCGCGGCAACGCACUGCGCCGCCUCGCGCGCCACCACCACGCACACAACAACCACGCCAUACUCAAUGGUGGUGAGCUGAUGGAUGAGAAGGCGAAAAGACUGACUGCCAGCAUCAGGUUGAUAACUGCCGAGCUGAAGGCGGACCCCUCAUGGGAAGGAGCGACGAGCGCGCUGGUGGAGGCGCUGGAGGUAACGGUGGAGCGCGCGGCGUUUGCUCGCCUCUACCUGCACGUGCUCUUCCCCAAUGGAGACGGCGACAUCGCACGCGACCAAGUACUGAGCGAGCACAUGCGCCGGCUGGCGGCAUGCACGAGCGCGCUGCGUGCGGGCGUCGCGCCGCGACAUCUGUGGGCCGCGCCCUACCCGCACGCACAGCUGCAGCUGCGCCAUCUACCUGUAUACCGCACACCGCGCGACAAGAUAUCGUGCAUAAUGCGUUGCGUAUCCUCCAUUAUGUCGGUGUUGGCGCUGACCGACGGUAGCGCGCCCUCCGCAGACGACCUCACCCCAGUACUCGUCUACGUCAUACUCAAGGUGAACCCACCAUCGCUGCUGUCUACCAUAGAGCUGGUGAACGCGCUGGGAGGCGCGGCGCUGUCUGGCGAAGCCCUGUACUGGUGGACGCAGUUCUGUGCUGCCGUCGCUUACAUUAAGACCAUGGACUACGUGGGCGACUCCUAGCGCCGGCAAGCGCGCUUGAAUGCAGCGCUCCUCCGGGCAAAAUUGGAAAUGUACCUGCGCAGCUCCGCGCGCCGUGAACGUCGGCUCACGAUUUGAAACAUUUUUUAUAUAACUCGUAUCUCAUUAUAUUAUAUCUCAUUCAAAUUAAUCAAACUUCAUACAUACAUUUAAUCUAUCAUUCGAAUAACGGUUGCUGUCGUGUUUAAAAUUUUAUUUAAUGACAAUGUCAAAUUGACUUUUAUAUUUUUAAAACUGUUUAUAUGAAAUAGGCAAAGGUCUAAGUUCAUACAGCCAGAAUAAUUAAUAAGCAAAAAUAUUAUAUAAAAAACGUUUAUAACUCGUGAAUUAUAUGCUUGAUUU